UUUCACCGCCUCUUGGGACAUGAGCUGCAAGCGUGUUCGCCCGUGCGAGACGAAGAACGUCGAAGGCCUCUCGCUCGCCUUCAAGCUGCGUAGUCUCGUGGUCGAGGCCCACCUCUCGGACCUCAAUGCGUCCGUCAUCGAGAAAAACCUGGUCGCGAUCGCGAAUGAGCUCGCGACGCUCUGCGCCUUUGGCAUCCAGCCCGAGGACCGCUGCGUGCGCUUCCUUGUCAUGGCCAACGACCGCAUCGCCAAGAUGCUCGCCAAGAAGGACUUGGCGUGGACCGCGUCGCCGCAUGCGAUCUGGAGCCUCGCCAAGGCCGCUGUGCUCGGCUCCAAACCCGGUAACGUCGACGCAUGCUACGCCGCCGAGGUUCAUGACAUCUCGGUGCUCUGGCACGAAAUGCUGCGCGUCAAGGACAAGGCCGCGGACCUCUGGAAGCGAGAGAAGCUGGAGGAGGCGCUGCCGUAUUUGCAUGCAGCCGACGCGUACUUUAAGCGCAUCCACCUCAAGCACCAGAAGCUCAACAUUGACCACGCGAUCAUCGACUGCCACGUGGAGCCCGUCGCGAAGAAAGCGAAGGCCCACCGCGUGUCCUUCUCCGACACACCGCUCGUGCUCGGGACGGCCCAAGCCGACGUCGACCGGACGCCCAUCUGCCCGUCCAAGCCGACACAGCUCGAAGCGCUCUUGCUUCGUGCGACGCGCGAGUUUCCCAUGCCGUGCUUGUAACCUAGAGAUGCUCUAUUUAUUAACGUGAACCUCGACGCCUCGCCUGAUCCGUA